AUGUCGAGCCUCCCGUCGAAGAAACUUCUUGACGAUCUUUACACUCGAUUUGUUGUGAACGGCCCCGAGGAAGAUAAAAAGUCUUUCAAUCGACUCAUGUUUCUUGUAGAGAGUGCUCACUGGUAUUACGAAGAUACCGUUGUCGAAAACGACAAAACCCUAAAGUCGCUGUCCUUUAGAGAGUUUACUUGCCUCCUAUUCAACAACUCUGAUCUGUUGAGACCUCAAGUUGCAAACAUGGAUAGGAUAUUCAGAGACUUUG